AUGGAUCAGUCCAUUGACGAUGACAUAACUCUUACGGUUAGCGACACAGAGGCCACACUUGAUGUGACCACCAAUGAGACUAUAAACACCGAUUCGCCGGCCAAAAGUCAGAAGAGCACAGUUAGCACACAAAAGUCGUUAGCAUUUACUUCUAGUACAACCGUUUCAUUGGAGUGUAACUCUGAUGGCAAAUAUGAUGGUCAACACGGUAUCAAACACUGGCCACCAGUUUCGCCUGGUACUGACUCCAGAGUUGACUGUCCCGGUCGAGUUGGUAUUGGUGAUGCUGGUAGUGGUGUUAGCUGGAAGUGUCAACUGAAUGGCCAGUUUUCCGAUGAAGGACCAGAUUGGACAGAGUGUGGCCACUGGUUGGACGAGUUGGACAACAAAACUGAGAGUAUCCACGAUAUUGCUGAGGCCAUCGAAAUGAUUGAAACCAUAUCCAAUAGGACCGGCAAAAGUGAUACCAUUAUCGACAGUCAACGACUGUCUCAAGCCUUGGAUAUUGUAAGCAAAGUCCAGACGUUUGUCGACACAACGGCUACCACUAGUAGCGGGACCGACACCGACAGCAACCUGUGCGCCAUCGAGUGUUACACUAGUAAAAUGUUGGACACAUUGGCCAACAUUUUAGAUCAGACAUACGCAUGGACUAACUCGACAACAGACAAGAGGACAUCGAUGGCCGAACAGAUACUGACUACCAGUCAGUCGACAGCCUAUAGUCUGGCACUUCGGCAAAACUUGACCACCAAUUUGCUUGUUGUAGACAAUAGUGACUUCUAUAUCAAUACUUUCUAUGUGAACACAGCCGCCGCCGCUGUAGAGCUAACUUUUCCCUACAAUAACCCUAACCAGACCUCUAUAGUGAUACCGUCGGACACUGAGUUUGCUAACAAUACUGUCAGGCGAACCAAUCAAGUGGUCGGUGCUAUCAUUCACAAUAUCGGCGACUAUCUAUCGGACAAUUUAGAGGACAACUAUGAGAUCAAUUCAUAUAUCCUAUCGUUUAGUAUGACUAACGAUAGUCAAUCAGUUUUACUCAACAGGGAUGUAAUCAUUAGUCUUGAACACAAAAAGCGAUUACAAUUUGGCGAUAAAGUUCAGUGCGUUUACUGGGACUUUGCGGCCAACCAAUGGUCAGAUCGUGGAUGCAUUACCGACACCCAGCUAUCGGACAGGUAUCACACAGUUUGCCGAUGUAAUCAUUUAACCAAUUUUGCUGCAUUGAUGGACGUCAGUGGCCGCGAACGGCGAACGGUACUCAAGUCGGCACUGACCUACAGCUGUAGUAUUGUGUCGAUAGUGUCGCUGAUAGUGGCCAUCAAUUUGAUUGUCAGAUCGCGUCACUGUUUCAUCAAUAGUCAACAGUCUCGUGACAAUAGUCUCAAUGAAAUGCGUGCUAUUAUUACCACUAAUCUCUGCGUUUGUCUAUUGAUUACCAAUUUUCUGGUCGUACUCGGAAUGGACAGAACAGAUGUUGUGUGGUUAUGUCGACUGUCUUCGGGAUCACUACUCUAUUCGCUGAUGAGUUCAUUCUUCUGGAUGUUGUUGGAGGGCUUCUAUCUGUACAAGUCGUUGGUCUCGUGUUUUAAUUGGCAAUUCAAGGCCCGCUAUCUCUAUGCGGUUGGCUAUGGCCUACCAGUGGCCAUCAUUUUCGUGGCAUUUUUGGUCAUCUAUUGCAAACAUAAUAUAGUAUUGGAGGCACUGUUUGAUCAUCGAUACAGUUAUUUUUGUUGGAUAUCAUCGACACAUUAUUCAAGUCAUAUUUGGAUACUAAUUGGUUAG